CUCGGCACGGCGAUGGCGGCGCGCUCGGCGCAGGGGGAAUUCAGACUGCUCCUGGCCCUGGUCCUGAACUCUGACCAGACUGGUAGGACCAGCAUGCUGACCCCAUCACACCUGCUGGCCUCAGAUGGCAGGGCCAAUGCUGCUGCCCAGGGGCACCCCCUGACAGGCCAUGUCAGAAGGGAUUCUACAGGUCAGAAGCAUCCGCCCCUCAGAUUUUAGCCUGAAGACAGAGCUGUGACCUGGCCCUGCUCGCAGCUGAUGAGCCUGCCCACCAUGGCAAGCCCCACUCUGAGCCCCGACUCCUCGUCCCAAGAGGCCUUGUCGGCCCCCACCUGCUCCCCUACCUCUGACUCUGAGAACCUCAGCCCAGAUGAGCUGGAGCUGCUGGCCAAGCUUGAAGAGCAGAACCGGCUCCUGGAGGCCGACUCCAAGUCCAUGCGCUCCAUGAACGGCUCACGGCGGAACAGCGGCUCCUCGCUGGUGUCCAGUUCCUCCGCCUCCUCCAACCUCAGCCACCUGGAGGAGGACACGUGGAUCCUAUGGGGCCGAAUCGCCAACGAGUGGGAGGAGUGGCGGCGCAGGAAGGAGAAGCUGCUUAAGGAGCUGAUCCGCAAGGGCAUUCCGCACCACUUCCGGGCCAUCGUGUGGCAGCUUCUGUGCAGCGCCACAGACAUGCCCGUCAAGAACCAGUACUCGGAGCUGCUCAAGAUGUCCUCGCCAUGCGAGAAGCUGAUCCGCAGGGACAUUGCCCGCACCUACCCGGAGCACGAGUUCUUCAAGGGCCAGGACAGCCUGGGCCAGGAGGUCCUCUUCAAUGUCAUGAAGGCGUACUCCCUGGUGGACCGGGAGGUGGGCUACUGCCAGGGCAGCGCCUUCAUCGUGGGCCUGCUCCUCAUGCAGAUGCCUGAGGAGGAGGCCUUCUGCGUGUUCGUGCGGCUGAUGCAGGAGUACCGCCUGCGGGAGCUCUUCAAGCCCAGCAUGGCUGAACUGGGGCUAUGCAUCUACCAGUUUGAGUACAUGCUGCAGGAACAGCUCCCGGACCUGAACACCCACUUCCGCUCCCAGAGCUUCCACACGUCCAUGUACGCCUCGUCUUGGUUCCUCACACUCUUCCUGACCACCUUCCCACUGCCUGUCGCCACCCGUGUCUUCGACAUUUUCAUGUAUGAGGGCCUGGAGAUCGUGUUCCGGGUGGGCCUUGCCCUGCUGCAGGUGAACCAGAUGGAGCUGAUGCAGCUGGACAUGGAGGGCAUGUCCCAGUACUUCCAGAGGGUGAUCCCCCAUCAGUUCGACAGCUGCCCAGACAAGCUGAUCCUCAGGGCUUACCAAGUCAAGUACAACCCCAAGAAGAUGAAGAGACUUGAGAAGGAGUAUGCAGCCAUGAAGAGUAAGGAAAUGGAGGAGCAGAUCGAGAUCAAAAGGCUUCGGACAGAGAACCGGCUCCUGAAGCAGCGGAUUGAAACGCUGGAGAAGGAGAGCGCUGCUCUGGCUGAUAGGUUAAUCCAGGGGCAGGUAACGCGGGCACAGGAGGCCGAGGAGAACUACGUCAUCAAGCGGGAGCUUGCAGUGGUGCGGCAGCAGUGCAGCUCAGCGACGGAGGACCUGCAGAAGGCGCAGAGCACCAUCCGGCAGCUGCAGGAGCAGCAGGAUAACCCGCGCCUCACCGAGGACUUUGUGGCCCACCUGGAGACUGAGCUAGAGCAGUCACGACUGCGGGAGACGGAGACACUGGGAGCCCUACGGGAGAUGCAGGACAAGGUUCUAGAUAUGGAGAAGAGGAACAGCUCACUGCCUGACGAGAACAACGUGGCCCGGCUGCAGGAGGAGCUGAAAGCACUCAAGGUGCGGGAGGGCGAGGCGGUGGCCUCAGCGCGGGAGCUGAAGCUGCAGCUGCAGGAGCUCUCAGACACCUGGCAGGCCCAUCUGUCCCGCGGCGGCCGCUGGAAGGAGUCCCCGCGGAAGCUGGUCCUGGGCGAGCUGCAGGACGAGCUGAUGAGCGUGCGCCUGCGCGAGGCCCAGGCUCUGGCGGAGGGCCGCGAGCUGCGGCAGCGCGUGGUGGAGCUAGAGACGCAGGACCACAUUCACCGCAACCUUCUGAACCGCGUGGAGGCAGAACGCGCGGCGCUGCAGGAGAAGCUGCAUUACCUAGCCGCGCAGAACAAGGGGCUGCAGACGCAACUGAGCGAAAGCCGCCGCAAGCAGGCCGAGGCUGAGUGCAAGAGCAAGGAGGAGGUGAUGGCCGUGCGCCUGCGGGAAGCGGACAGCAUGGCGGCUGUGGCUGAGAUGCGGCAGCGCAUCGCCGAGCUAGAGAUCCAGAGAGAGGAGGGCCGCAUCCAGGGUCAGCUGAACCACUCCGACUCGUCGCAGUACAUCCGAGAGCUCAAGGACCAGAUCGAGGAGCUGAAGGCCGAGGUGCGGCUGCUGAAGGGCCCGCCACCCUUCGAGGACCCACUGGCCUUCGACGGGCUAGGCCUGGCACGGCACCUGGAUGAGGACUCGCUGCCAUCGUCGGAUGAAGAGCUGCUGGGCGUGGGCGUGGGCGCGGCCCUGCAGGAUGCGCUCUACCCCCUGUCCCCGCGCGAUGCUCGUUUCUUCCGCCGUCUGGAGCGGCCGGCGAAGGACAGCGAGGGCAGCUCAGACAGCGACGCUGACGAGCUGGCCGCGCCCUAUAGCCAGGGCCUGGACAACUGAGGCCCUGCCCGCAAGCCCACAGCCUGGGGGAUGGGGGGCGCCAACGCCACACUUAAACUGCAUGCCCUCCGCGGUUUGGCCCACCCCGAGGGCGAGGCCCAGCGCUGCAGGGUGCAGAGGGCAGAGCUGAAGCCUGAGGAUCCUCAGGGUCGCUCUGCAGGCCCACCCUUCCCAGCACUGUUUAACCAUCUUGGUCCUACCCCUCAAGGCCCAAUCACCUGGAGGGUCUGCCCCUCUUAACAGUGAGGGCUCCGGAGGCUACAGAGGUCCCAGGACUGGAUAGCAGAAAGCUCCCUCCUCCCAGCAGGCCUCCUUCUGGGACAAGGAUGGCCCUGCUGGGAAGGACCCAGGGGCUGGAGGCCUGAGGAAGAAGGGGCCAUUCUGGGCUGGAUGUCAUCAUCCCACAAUGCCCCUGGGGACCCUUGGCCACCAGGGACAGAUGGCCAGGCUUGGCUUUCCUGCCUGGUGCAGGCCUCAUGGCCCCUGCAGCAGAAACCAAAGUCCCCCUACUGUGUGCAGGGCCACCCGGGGUGUGCAUGGCCAGCCGGAACCAGCCCAGGCCUUGGCAGUGUCUGUCCCUGCUUCUCAGGGGCCAGAGCAGCUGUGAGGAAGUCACAAGACCCCUGUCCCCAGCCCCCCACAUCAUCCUCUGUGAGACACUCCCAUCACCCUAUCUUCGCCAGUGAUGGAGGGGCUCCCUGACCCAGGCUAACCUCUCCAGGGGGCCCCCAGUCUCUACUUCCCUUCCUUUCCUGGGUCCCCAGCCCCACCCUCUGACCAGGGCCAUGCCCCAAGGGAGAAGGCUGCCCAGAGAAGUGUCCCCAUGCCUCCCUCAUGGUGGUCCCGUGGUCUCUGCGGAGUCAGAGCCAAGAACGGUGCCAAAGUCCAAUGAUGCUCUCCUGCCCUCUCCCACACACACCCCCCCCCACCCCUGCCCCAGGCCUUGUGACUCUUGGGGCUGAUGUUCUUGGGGCUCCUGAAGCCUCGAGCAGCCUCACAAGCAGUGUCCCUGGUGCCUCUUGGGGUGGGGAUUCAUGCUCAGCACCUCCUCCUGGCCACCCGCUCCUCAGUGUUACAAAGCCUGGGGACCAGGGUGGGCAUCACAGGGCUCUCCCAUGUGCCCCCAACACUGCCCACUACCAUUUUGCACACUGCCUGUUCACACUCCACAUGUCACCCAGGCGGGGAUGGAAAAUAAAGUGUAUUGACACAG